AUGUAAAUAAACACGUCACUUAUUCAAGCAUAAAGAGAUGCCUUAAUUCCAAUACUUAAACCAGAGAUAAGAAUUCCUUGGAAAAUAUUAUGUUAUGAUUCAUAUUGUGAAAAAAGAUUGUCAACUAUUUAUAGAGUAGGAGAUUUGAGAGAAAUGUGUAUUACUCUUCAUUUUAAUCUUGAUUAAAAUAGAGAGAGAUUACAUGGAGUCACAGCAAUUUAUUUUAUAUAACCAUUAUAAAGUAGUAUUGAAAAAUUGGUUGAAGACUUUAAUCGAGAUCUUUAUUCAGAAGUUUAUAUAAAUUUUUCAUCUCCUAUUGAAAAUAAUUUAUUAGAAAUGAUGGCUAAAGAAAUUAGUAAAAUUAGUGGAGCUGUAUAAAAAAUAUAAAAAGUAUAUGAACAUAAUCUUGAUUUUGUUGCUCUUAAUCAUAAUUUCUUUAAUUUAGAAAAUUAAGUUGUAACUGGAUUAUUUUCUAUUAUUAUGGCUCUUAAAGUUUAACCAUUAAUUUUAUUUCAAAAGAAUUCUAAAAUUGAAUAAAUUGCAAAAGAAUUAAUUGAAAAACUCAAAUAACUUGAAUUUAAUUCUGAUUAUCCUCUUUUAGCAAUUAUAUUACCAGAUAGAGAUAUAGAUCUUAAUACUUUAAUAAUGCAUUCAAAUACAUAUGGAGCAUUAUUACAUGAUACUCUCAAUAUUAAAUAUAAUAAAGUUAAAUUAGAUGAUUAAGUAUAUGAUCUUUCCCCUUAAUAUGAUAAUUUAUGGCUUUAAGCAUGUAAUAUGGCUUUACCAGAAGCAAUUGAUAAAAUUGAUAAUGAAUUAAAUGAUUGGAAUUCUUAAUAUUAAUAAGUUUCAUAAUAAAAUUAAGAAAUUUCAAGUGCUUUAAAUGCAAUUGAUUUAGUACCAUAAAUGAAUCAAUAAAAAAAGAUGGUUGAUUCACAUAUUAAUUUAGCUAAAUAAUUGACUUAAAUUGCAAAAUAAAAAUCACUUGAUAAAUUUUAUUAAUUAGGAUAAAGUAUAUUAUAAAAUGAUACAUUGACAAUUAAUGAUUAUCCAUAAUCAGAAGAUAAUUAAAUUGAAUAAUCUAAAGAGAUAGAUAAAUUAAGAUUAUUAAUACUAAUGUUGUUAAAUAAUUACAAUUAAUAAGAAUUUAAGAAAUUUGAAUAGAUUUUCUAAAUAAAAAAUGAAAAAUAUUUGAAUAUUCUAUCUAAUUUUAAAUAAAGAGUAGCUUCCAAUUAAAAUAAUAAAUAAUAAAGUGUAUAUAAAUCUUUAUUUGCUGCUAUAACAUCCAAGAUGCCUAAUUCUGGAAAAGGUCUAUUGAAAAAUGUUUAAAACUUUUUAUUGUAAAGUAAAUGUUUAAUCCUAUUUUGAUAGGAGGAAAGAAAUCUGCAAUUGUUCAAAUGUUAGAAAAUCUAUUUUUAAAUGAAUUGAAAAUUGAUGAAUUAUAAUCAAUAUUAACAAUGUAUGAUUCUAGAGUUAAGAAUAUAUCAGUAUUUAUUCAUAAUAUUUUAGAGAUUAGAAUUUGGUUUAUUAUCUACUAUUAAAGGCAUAUUAAUAUGUUUUACAGAAGGAGCAUGUUAUAAUGAAUAUGCAGAAUUGAGCGAUUUUGCUAAAAGUAUUAAUAAAGUGAUAAUUUAUGGUGGGAAUAAAAUAUAUAAUGCAGAAGAAUUUUUAACACAAUUUCAAUGA